AUGAGUUGGCAGCAGAGCACAGUACGGCAGAGCAACUUUGGAGCAAGCGAAAGCGCCCGCGAUCCUUCUCACCACAACAGUGGAGACAGCAGUAUCCUUCGGUACAUCAAGGAGCUGACGACGCACCAGACAAACGCCAAGCAGCAGCGCAUCGAUCGAUAUCUUCAACAUGUCAAGCACGCGCAGCCAGACGAGGACUUUUCGGUAACUGCUCCAAAGCCAGCUCGACUUGUGUCGGCAACUGGACCGACAUACAACCAGCUGGCAGACGGGGUAGCUGCGUCAUUGCGUGCCGAAAGACUACGGGAAGAAAACAGCAGCUCCAAUCGAGCAGGAGUGGCGGAGUUUCCAAAAUGGAGCAACCCUCGGUCGCAGUCCAAGCGGCCGCACAAAGGCAAUGGAAUUCGGGAGCAAGUGAAGCCAAAACGAGCACGAGUUAAGAAGCAGACCACGAUAGGUGGAGCUUUAGAUAGAUUUCGGUUUCACUAUGCUGCCUUGUCAGAAAAAAUGGUACCGACACACGGGGCUGAAAGAUGUGCUAGAGACACGACGACUCCUGUUGUUAUGGCUUCUAACGGGAAACAGCAACGUCAAACGACGCAGCUUCAACGCUCGAUGCUUGUGCCACAAUAUGCGGACUCUGGAUUCAAUAGUCGCGCCGACUCGACGCGCCAUCCUAUUCAGUUGCAAGAGCCACAUUUGGUGAACACGCACCCAGCAAAGGAUCCAUUUCCAGAUCCGAGCCGCAGCUUGCUUCAGUCCACAUGCAAUACGGCGCAAGAAGAAAUUACAAAGGACGACGUUGGAGAUGACAUCUGCUUUCCCGAAGUCUUCGUCCGGACUUACGACCCUCUCAGCUGCAUCAUGGAGAUGGUUUUCUUUUAA